GCCAUGUCUGAGCUAGUUCCAGAGUCACGACAAAAGCCAGUUGUGCCGAUGAAACCCGUGGGCAUUAAUGCCAACUUACUGGGCUACAUUGGAAUUGACACCAUCAUUGAGCAGAUGCGCAAGAAGACCAUGAAGACAGGCUUCGACUUCAACAUUAUGGUUGUAGGUCAAAGUGGGCUGGGAAAGUCUACGCUGGUGAACACCCUCUUCAAAUCCCAAGUAAGCCGCAAAUCUUCAGGCUGGAAUCGGGAGGAGAAGAUCCCCAAGACAGUGGAGAUCAAAGCUAUUGGACACGUUAUUGAAGAAGGUGGGGUCAAAAUGAAGCUGACAGUGAUCGACACCCCGGGAUUUGGAGACCAGAUCAACAAUGAGAACUGCUGGGAGCCUAUUGAGAAAUACAUCAACGAGCAAUAUGAAAAAUUUUUGAAAGAGGAAGUGAAUAUUGCAAGGAAGAAACGAAUUCCAGACACACGAGUGCACUGCUGCCUCUACUUCAUCUCCCCCACGGGCCACUCCCUGCGGCCCUUGGACCUGGAGUUCAUGAAACAUCUCAGCAAAGUAGUGAACAUCAUCCCGGUUAUUGCCAAGGCUGACACCAUGACCUUGGAGGAGAAGACCGAAUUCAAACAAAGAGUGCGCAAAGAGCUAGAAGUGAAUGGGAUCGAGUUUUACCCCCAGAAAGAAUUUGAUGAGGACUUGGAGGAUAAAACAGAAAACGACAAAAUCAGGCAGGAAAGCAUGCCCUUCGCAGUAGUGGGCAGUGACAAGGAGUACCAAGUGAAUGGCAAAAGAGUCCUGGGCAGGAAAACACCUUGGGGAAUCAUUGAAGUGGAAAACCUCACUCACUGUGAAUUUGCCCUGCUUCGAGAUUUUGUCAUUAGGACUCACCUUCAGGACCUGAAAGAAGUGACCCACAACAUCCACUACGAGACCUAUAGGGCCAAGAGGCUGAAUGACAAUGGAGGGCUGCCCCCCAUGACCUCUGAGACAGAGGAAAACCAUGAAAGUAACCUGGCUUUGGAAGUGGGAUGUGUGGGGCAUGCUGGGGUCCUGUUUUUAUUCCUUGGGGAUGUGGCACGGAGAGACUCUGGGGCAGAUGGCAGAGUUCUUUGUGGGUGGGAAGGUAGCUGACUGCUCAGGGAGGAUGGUGGCACAGCAUUUUAUCUCCAUUUUUUGCUGUGGCUUGCAAAGUGAAAUGGCACCUUGGAAGUGAAUAAAUGGGAGAAGUGACAGAUUGACAGGUUUUGUGGUUCAGGGAAAGUGAGUGGUAGAAGGAGGCAGGUUGUGAGCCGUAGCAUCUAUCUGAGAAACAUCAAAGUAAUUGGGGGAAAGAGCCGUAUUUUCCAGAAUUAAAGAAUAAAAGAACACCAAGAUGUCUUCCUUGGUGUCCACUGGUGAUGGGAACACAAGAAAUAUCUUCUCCUCACCAAAAUAUCUAUGUUUGUCACUCCA